AUGCGGAUAGGUUGUCGUGGUGAAGAUCUGUAUCUCCAUGGUCACCACUACCAGAAGAAGGGCCUCAGCAAGGCACCCUACGACGAGAAGCAGUCACCUGCACUGAAGAGCAGCAGUGCAAGAAGUAAGAAUGUGCCUCGAGAGGACUCGGGGAGCAGUGGCUCGACAAAAAGUGCAGCAAACUUGUUGGCAAUUGUAGUCCUGUCUGGACGACGAUGUGGACUUUCUCGAUGCAUCACCUACUAUCUGAAGGCAAUAGCAGCAGCUGAUUUAUUUGUCAUUAUUACUGGAUGCAUCUUCAACAGAAUUGGCCGCAUCUAUUUUAGCUAUAGUGUCCUGUCAACCACCGCUGGCUGCAGCAUCAAUGCUGUGCUUGUCUAUGCAGCUCGGGAUGCUUCUGUUUGGCUGACAGUAGCCUUCACCAUUGAUCGUUUUGUGUCUAUCUGCUGCCAGAGCCUGAAGAACAGUUACUGCGCUGUCAAAACUGCAUCACUGGUCAUAGGAAUGAUUUGCGUCUUUAUUUGCGUCAAGAACGUCCCAUACUACUUUAUUUAUCAGCCCUUAUACAGUCUGAAUGGGUUGCCUUGGUUCUGUAACAUCAAGCCCAACUUCCAUACUUCAUCUGCAUGGCAGGCUUACCAUUGGCUCGAUCGCAUCUUAACUCCUUUACUCCCUUUCUUCCUCAUUCUGUUUCUCAACGUCCUGACAGUGAGGCAUAUUCUUGCAGCGAGCAGAGCCCGUAAGAGGCUCCGUUGCGCUGAGAACCGCAUUGAUUCAGAAAUGGACAAACGUAAGAGGUCUAUAGUCCUGCUCUUUGCCAUCACGUUCAGCUUCCUCCUCCUGUGGGCCACCUAUAUCGGACGUUUUCUUUACAGAUUGAUUGCUCGUGACGAGUAUGUCAGCAGCCUGAACUUCAGAUCCCCACAGUACAUCCUUCAAGAAACGACGAACAUGCUCAUGCUACUCAGUUCCUGCAACAACAUCUUCAUCUAUGUGGUAUCACAGAAAAUGUUCAGAAAGCGAUUGAAGGAGAUUCUUAUGUGGCCCUUUCAAAUAUUCACCACCCGCACAAAAUGGCCGAGAGGGAAAACAGAAAACUGUCUUACCAAUAUUUCCCAUGGAGCAUAG